GUCUCUUGUCUCUCCGCCUUACAUAUAAACCCCAGCGGGAGCCGACUACUCUUCCUCGCUUCUUCUCCGCUACCAGUCCCCUCGCCUCAGCCUAUCUCUUCUACGGACGAUUGAUUCAUCUGACGCUCAUCCUCUCUCUCUCGUUCCCCUCAAAACUCCGUCGAUCAUCAAUGGCGCUGGCGGGCCAGCAGACUGUCGAUUACCCGAGCUUCAAGCUCGUCAUCGUCGGUGAUGGAGGCACUGGUAAAACCACUUUUGUGAAGAGGCAUCUCACUGGCGAGUUUGAGAAGAAAUAUGAGCCUACUAUCGGUGUGGAGGUUCACCCACUGGACUUCUCCACAAACUGCGGGAAGAUCAGGUUCUACUGCUGGGAUACUGCUGGACAGGAGAAGUUCGGUGGUCUCAGAGAUGGUUACUACAUCCAUGGGCAGUGCGCAAUCAUCAUGUUUGAUGUUACUGCUAGGUUGACCUACAAGAAUGUCCCUACAUGGCAUCGUGAUCUCUGCAGGGUGUGUGAGAACAUACCGAUUGUCCUUUGUGGGAACAAGGUCGAUGUGAAGAACAGGCAGGUUAAGGCCAAGCAGGUGACAUUCCACAGGAAGAAGAACCUGCAGUACUAUGAAAUUUCUGCCAAGAGCAACUACAACUUUGAGAAGCCUUUCCUGUAUCUUGCUAGGAAACUUGCAGGGGACCCUAACCUUCACUUUGUGGAGGCUAUUGCUCUUGUUCCUCCUGAAGUACAUAUUGACUUGGUUGCUCAGCAACAGCAUGAGGCAGAGCUUGCUGCUGCCGCUAGUCAGCCUCUUCCUGAUGACGACGAUGAUGCAUUCGAGUAAAAUUGUGCUCAGCUAGAGGGGUUACUACCUUAAAAGUCCCUUGCUAUCAAAUUUUACAUACCCCCACAUUGUCGUAAUGGAUUUUAUUGUUUCUUUAAGAUUAUCUGAUGACAGGUGGUGUGGGUGUGAUUAAUUAAAGUACCAAUGAUGGAUUGAUUGUAUUAGUUAGGUUUUUUCUUUACCCAUCGUCCUUUUGGUUUUCUGUUUGUUCGGAUAAGUUGGGUUUCGUGUCUUCGAGCUCUUUCAAGCCCGAUGGUGGCUUCGGUGGUACUUGGAGUUGAAUCCUUUUGAGUGGUAUCUCUACUUUAUUCUGAGUGUAA